UACCUCGAGAGUGGAUACUACUAUAGACUCUAGAGCCUACAGACUAACCAACUAGAGAGAGAUGGAAGAAAAUAGAGUGAAAGCAGGUUCAGGUUCAGGUUCAGGUUCCCCAGGAGUCUCGCCUGUCGAACUCAGCGACUGCCUCGAACACCUUCUCCACUUCGUCCUUCAGUCUUCCAUCAAUGGCACCCUUGACUUCAACCUUGGCUUAUCCGCUGACUUCUGUUCCACACUUCUUAAACAAGAUGAUUUUGAUCAUCAAAAUCUCCCUACUUCCACCAAUUUUUCUGAAGGAGUGCCACCAUAUCCUUUAUACAAACAUUUGGCUUCUGCUUUGCACCAAUGGAUAAUUUCUGGGUCAAUCUCUUCAUCAAGUGAGAAUGUGCCAUUAUUAUGUGAGGAUGAGACUUUGAAAGAAAUGAAAAUUAAAUGGAAUGAGUUAGUUUCACAGAAAGGGUCUGAAUUAGUAAAUAUGUUCAAGAAGAUCAAUUUUGAACUUCAUGUCCAGGAGCCGUAUUUUUGGCUGUUGAAAGAUGGGAAGAAAACAAUUGAAGGGAGGUGUGCAGUUGGUAACUAUAAUCGAAUUCAAUCAGGAGAUCUGAUUCUUUUCAACAAGUGCUUGAUGGUUGAAGUUCAGGAUGUCCACCAUUAUCAUUCAUUCAUGGAGAUGUUGGAAGCUGAACAGUUGGAGGAUGUACUUCCAGGUGUACAGACUGUUGAUGAAGGUGAACAAAUCUAUAGGAAGUUCUACACUGAGGAAAAGGAGCAGUUAAAUGGCGUCCUUGCAAUAUAUGUUGGCAGACUAGCUUCUCAGCCUUACAUUGUCUUAUCUGAUACUAUUUCAGGCCUUGGCUAUAGGGGCAUCCAAAAGCUUCUAGGGCUUAAGCAAACAGUUGGAACAAUUGCAGAGGCACUUCCACCUCCAAGAUCAGCUCUCCUCUCAUCAUUUGCCCAGCCGCAUAAAUCAAAUAUUAAAGGUUGUACCUUGACUGAAGGUGCCAGGGCAUUGACUAAGCACGUCAGCAGAUGCAGCAGCAACUAUUGGGGUAAAGUUGGAGGAAACGAUUUUAAUAAAAACCAUCUUGCCAUGGAGGUCAUAAUCCGCAUCAUUGGUCAUUGUCGAUGGUUGAAUGUGCAUUUUGUCCAACCACAUGGUCCUGUUUUUGAAAUACGAAUUUCUGAAGGAUAUGGUGCUCGGUGGUCCGAAGAUGGUACCAAGUUUAUAGGGUUUCUGGAACCAUACAUGGAAGAUGGUCAUUUAAAGCAAUGGAGGCACUAAAUUCUCUUGUGAGAAACGCACCAUAUCUGCUUUUGUUUUUUGUUGGUUACACAGUGGGUGCUUAUUCUGCGGGCCUGCAGCUGUUUCAUGUGCCUACUGAUGUACUUAUGUUUCUUCUUGGUACGCCUAAAAUACAGACGUGAAAAUUAUCCUUCUUGUUUGUAGAGUUUUCUCUUAUGAACUUUGUUAAUUUCAAACAAAAUCUUGAGCUAUGAUGUUCAUCUUACGUUUUGCGGAGAUGGGGAUAUUGAGCGAAAUGGAAAGAAGAGUACCAUCGGUGGUUUAUGAACAAACUGGAAUUUUUUUGCACCCUAUGGGUGCGAGUUAUUUUAACGUUUUUUCUCAAUUAGUUAUUCAUGACUAUCACAACCUUUUUUUAUUCUAACAGACAUUUAUGGUUAUUUUAAUUUUUUUAA